GUCUCGACAGGCGAAUCUCGAUAACCAUCUCCCUCUGACACCAGCCUGUUCUCUCUUUGUCUGGAUCUUCAAGUCGCCAUGGCUGAACAACUUAUUCAACGUGGUACUCUUGAAGGCCACAGCGGCUGGGUCACCGCCCUCGCGACCAGCUUGGAGAACCCCAACAUGCUUCUCUCGGCCUCGAGAGACAAGACCCUCAUUAUCUGGAAUCUGACUCGCGACGAGACUGCCUACGGCUACCCGAAGCGGUCACUCCACGGCCACUCCCACAUUGUCUCCGACUGUGUCAUUUCCUCCGAUGGCGCAUACGCUCUCUCCUCUUCCUGGGACAAGACCCUGCGAUUGUGGGAGCUGUCCACGGGCAACACGACUCGAACAUUCGUCGGCCACACCAACGACGUCCUCUCCGUUUCUUUCUCCGCAGAUAACCGACAGAUUGUCUCAGGGUCCCGAGACCGAACCAUCAAGCUCUGGAACACCUUGGGAGACUGCAAGUAUACCAUCACUGACAAGUGCCACACCGACUGGAUCUCUUGUGUGCGCUUCUCCCCGAACCCUCAGAACCCGGUGAUUGUGAGCUGCGGGUGGGACAAGUUGGUCAAGGUCUGGGAACUCGCCUCCUGCCGCCUCCAAACCGACCACAUUGGCCACACCGGCUACAUCAACACCGUGACCAUCUCCCCCGACGGCUCGCUCUGCGCCUCGGGCGGCAAAGACGGCACCACCAUGCUCUGGGACCUGAACGAGUCCAAGCACCUGUACUCGCUGCAGGCCGGCGACGAGAUCCACGCCCUGGUCUUCUCGCCCAACCGAUACUGGCUCUGCGCCGCCACCAGCUCUUCCAUCACCAUCUUCGAUCUCGAGAAGAAGAGCAAGGUCGACGAGCUCAAGCCCGACUUCGUCGAGAAGGGCAAGAAGUCCCAGGAGCCAUACUGCGUGAGCCUGGCCUGGAGCGCCGACGGCCAGACCCUGUUCUCCGGCUACACGGACAACAAGAUCCGCGCGUGGGGCGUCAUGUCUCGAGCAUAAGCCGGGAGGGGUGGGUGUGUGUGUGUGUGUGUGUGGCCGGCCCUCAUAAUGGUGGAAAGUUGAACCGAACCACGAAGCCUUUGACUGAGAAGCAGACACGACGAGAAAGAAGGGAGAAAAGUGUGACGGAGACGGACGGUUAACGUUGGACUGCUGCCCAGAGAAAUAGCAAGAAAGAAUGAAAGGGAAGAGCAGUUAAACAGGCUUCGUUCUGCUACGGAUCUAUCAUCAACCCCUCGUCCCGGAACAGGAACCAAAAUGUAAGCCCAUACUCAUCGUGGAAAAUGGUUGAGAUACGGCGCAUUUUUCUCGAGGCGUGCUUUUGUGUCUCUAGAGGAUGGUCCAUGAGAAUACGCGACAAGAAAAUCAAAAUGAUCAAGACCAGUUAAAAAGGAUCCAAUUCACGAAUGCUUGAGAUGCCUCCUGAACAUCCUUUUGGGUAUCAUUUCUGGACCUCUCCUUAUUCUUCUU